AUGGUGUUGCACUAUCGAUCAGUUUCUUCGGCAGACACUGGUGCGGUUGCAGCAGGGCGGGUAGAGAUGUCUUGUCGAGAUAUAAAGAAGCUUGUUAGAAAAGUCGAGGACGACAAUCAGCCGCUCCAAACAGAGUCGACAGCAAAGCCCAUCACCUUUGCUUGCGCAAAGCUAUGCCUCAAAGAGAUGUUGGACAUCUAUGAUUACUUGGGCCCCAACUGCUCUAUCAAUGACUCAAAAAAGGAAGUCGAAAAACCGAUUCAAGCAAUGCCACCAUGUAAGUAUGGCCACUACAGAGAUUUACACGCACCAUGUUCGACCUCAAACCAAACUUCACAACGCACACAGCAAUCCCAACAAUCGUGCCAACAACAACAACAACAACAACAACAGCAGUAG